AUGUUCGCAAAACCGAGGCCGAAGAAGAGCCUCCUCCCGCCACCAAUCAAGAAGCGCAAGAUUGAGCACUCGAUCGAGGAGAUUUCCUUCAAAGACGAUGACCGCGAAGAAUUCUUGACUGGGUUUCGGAAGCGAAAGCAACAGCGCAUAAAACGAGCGCAAGAGGAGGCUGCGAAGAGGGAAAAAGAGGACAGGAGGGAGCUACGGAAGAAGAUGAGGGAGGAACGGCAGCGAGAAGUAGAAGAGCAUGUGCAGAAAGUCAACACUCUAUUGAGAGAGUCGGAGGCAGCGGGCGCCAUAGGCCACGACGAGUCCGGUUCCGACGGCUCGGAAUGGGGCGGUAUCGAAGAGGCAGCGACAAACGAUAUCAUAGACCACGAAGAAGAAUAUAUAGACGAGGAUAGGUACACGACCGUAACAGUCGAAUCGGUAUCGGUAACGAGGGAUGGUCUUCACAAGCCGGCACUAGAGCCUACCGAGGACGAGCAAGAGGCAGAGAAGGCGAAGAAGAGUGCAGAGGAGGAACAAGCGAAAGCCAAGUUACGCCCACCAAAGAAACCGAAGAAGAAGUUCAGAUACGAGUCUAAGACAGAAAGGCAGCUCACAGAAGCCAAGAUCAGGGCGAAGAGGAAGGCGAAGAGGGACUAA